AUGGUGGACGUGCCGGGCCUCGGCUUCGCGCGGGUCUCGCGGGAGCUUCGGGAGCGGUGGAUCGGGCUGAUCGGGGGCCCGGGGCCUUGGAGAGGGCGGAGAGGGCGGCGAGCGCGGAACCCGGGGCACCCAGGUUACUUUGUGCAGAGGCAGUCGCUGAAGAUCGUGUUUCAUCUGCUCGACGCGGGGCUCUGCGAGCUGAUGCCUGCGGACCGGGAGCUGUGGCGCCUGCUGGCGCAGGUAGGAGAGCUGCUGCUGCAGGUGGGAUUGUCCGGAAAAUUUGUUUUGCUCGACGGGAUCAUGGACAGCAUGACGGUCUCGGACAUCAAGCAGCAAGCUCGUGACGAGGUAGCCAAGCUCUUGAACAAAGAGUUCUUGUCUACCGAGUUGAUCUCCUUGCUACCUGGCGAUGGAAUGGACACCCUGAAGAACGAAGUACAGAUGGAGGAAGCGAGCCGAAAACUCACGGACCGGCAGGACUUGAGGGGCUCCAGUGGCUUGCGCGUCAUCGUGGACAGCACAAGGCCGUGCAGCGUCUUUGGCCUGGAGUUGUCGGACCAGCAUUUUGAAGGGGGGAUGGACUCGCCGCUGGUGAGCGCUCUUUUGAAAUGGCUUCGUGAAGGCGGUGCAGCGCCUGGCCGUGGAAACGAUGAGGAACAGAAAGUUGUGAGCCGCUUCAUGUCAUUGUACUUUGACAUUUCCAUGAAGGUGGACCUGGUGAGAGAGCAAGGUUUCAAGGAUGAAGAUCCGAAGUUUCACUUUGGACUGGUUCGCUCCUUAUGCUUGGAUGUUGGGAAGUUUGUCAAGACCUUGCAGUCGAAAAGCGCAUGCGAGCAGCUCCCGUGCAAUGGCACAGCAAGCAUAAGCCUUAUGGCCUACUGUUCUCGUCACCGCGAGUGCCGGGGCUGUCAUGGUGCGACAGUUCAUCCUGGGAAUUGCACCCUGAGCGGCUUGAGCAACAGCCUCAACCCAACAAUGCAAGGUAAAUGUUCCGGUUCUAUCAAGGAUUCUGAACAUGCCAAGAAGCUUUUCAAGGACAUUGAAUGCUGCUCCAUUGAGGAGAUGGUCGCGCUCAAAACAUGCAGCGCGGAUGUCUGCCUUGCUGAGUUCAUUGGUGGAGGAGCUCAAGAAGUGCCAACUUGUGGGUGA